AUGGACUUGCUGGACAUGUUCAAAGCCGACACUGUUGAGCUAGCAACCACUGGAGAAUUAGAAGAACAAGAAAGGGGGAUGAAAAAUAAAUUAAAUAGUAAUAAUCAACAAACUGAUAUAAUAUCAAACAAUACGACAAUGGGAAAUUAUAAUGCAGAUGAUUUCUUGCUCAUGAGUAAGACAAAUGAACAAGACGAAGUUUUUCUUGGAGGAAUGAUCGAGGAAUUAGAUUUCAGUAAAUGGUUGACUGACGAUGAUGUGAGUCGAACGAAUGAAGAUGCUAUGACUAAUAUUCCUCUACCAUCUAAUAAUAUGAACGACACAACUGGGGCGCCUUCAUCGUCAGUUUCGGUGGAUAAGCCUGUAUCACUUACAACUGCUACAACGCCGAAAAAUGGUGUAUCUGAAAAGAGAGCUUUGCCUGAUAAUUUAAUUGGGAUACAUAAGGAUCGAUUUACUUUGAAGAGGACUAAAUCUAAUCCAUUUUAUUCACCUUCACAACAGAUUAGAAAUUUGGUAAUGAAGAAGAAAGGUACUCUGGGCAGUGGUAGUAGUAAUAAUAAUAAAUUUACAUUACAAAAAUCAUACUCUACUGAUGUUUUACCUUUAAGUGAGAAGAGUGUAAACGUGAAACGUACAAAUUCAACGACGAAUUAUGAUAAUACAAAGAAAUAA